UUUUCUCAUAACUCAUUUAGGUUUCAUUUCACUUUCCUCAUUUAACUUUCCCGAGAAAAUCCCAAUUCACUGAGAAAAAAAAACCAGAUUUGAUGGCGAGAAAAUCCUCAUCGGCGAAUGAAGAGAUUCUACCGGACGAAUUGCGGUGCGGACGAACUGACGGGAAACAAUGGCGGUGCAAGAGGAGAGUGAUGGAUAGUCUCAAACUCUGCGAGAUUCACUAUCUUCAAGGUAAGCAUCGUCAAUAUCGAGAGAAAGUUCCUGAAUCUCUGAAGCUUCAGAGAAAGCGUAAGAACAACGAUGAAGCUACAGAAACUGUUGUAGUCGAUAAUGCGGAAGCUACAGCACCGAGGGAGCUGAAUAUGGAGCUGAGGAAGAACAAGAAGAAGAAGGUGAAGCUCGCAGAGAGUUCGGAAUCGGUUACGGUAACCGAUUCAGCUUCGGGUUCUGGUUCUGUUCCGGUUAGGAAGAAGACAAUUAAGCAAUGUGAUUCGCAAUUGGAUCUUAUAAGAAUGGUUUUGGAAAGAGAAGUUGAGAAGAGAAAAAAGAACAAUAAUGAGAAUAAGAAGAAUAAGAAAAAGAAGAAGAAGAAAAAAGAGAUGAAAGUAGAAGAAGUUGAAUUCAAUGAAGGAGAAUUAAGGAGAGAGUUACCAAAUGGUGUUAUGGAAAUAUCACCAGCUUCAACACCUCAUGAUUAUAACAAUGUGAGUUCUCAUUGUGAUGUGAAAGUUGGUGUUGAUCAUAAUAGGGUUGUAGCUGUAACACCGCGAAACUUCAGGUCCAAGAAUGUUGAUAGGGUUGCUCUUGGAAAGUUGCAAGUUGUGCCUUAUGGACCAAGCUUGAAGAAGGUGAAUACUAAGAGGAAGUGUCACUUGUGCCAGAGAAGUGAAUCGGUCAAUCUCGUCCAGUGUUCUAGCUGUAACAAGGAGUUUUUCUGCUAUGAUUGCAUUAGAGAGCGGUAUCUUGACACUAGAAAAGAAGUUAAGAAGGCGUGCCCAGUUUGUCAAGGAACUUGCACUUGUAAGGUCUGCUUGGCAGACCAAUGUAACGACAGUGAAAGUAAGGUCUGGCAUCAAACAUUUGUGCUUUUCUACUUGACCAAUGUUUUGUUAAUAGCAUAUUCUGACACCUCCGUUUUUGCCCUGUUGUUUCAGUCCUAUUUAUCUGGUAAAAGUAGAGUUGAUAGAAUACUCCAUUUUCAUUAUUUGAUCUGCAUGCUCCUUCCAGUACUAAAGCGAAUAAGUGAAAACCUAGAAACUGAGCUAGAAACAGAAGCAAAAAUCAAAGGGAAAAAUAUUUCUGAUAUUCAAAUCAAUCAGGUUGAAUUUGGUUACAAUGAAAUUAUUUAUUGCAAUCACUGCAAUACACCCAUCCUGGAUCUCCAUAGACGUUGUUCUAAUUGUUCGUAUAGCCUAUGCUUAAGUUGUUGUGAGAAAUCAUCUCAAGGAAGAACUUCCGGAGAAAUUAACUCAUCAAUGUUGAAGCUACCUGAUCAAAGGAAAGCUUGUGUUGACAGCGAGGGCCAUAUUUUGGAUCAGAAGGACAUUUCUUGUGGCAAUUUAACUCCUACUUUAACAUUGCCUGAGGAGACAAAUUGUAAUGAUAUUGAAAAAGUGUCAUGCCCUCCUACGUUAACAUUGCCUGAGGAGACAAGUUGUAAUGAUAUUGAAAAAGUGUCAUGCCCUCCUACGUUAACAUUGCCUGAGGAGACAAGUUGUAAUGAUAUUGAAAAAGUGUCAUGCCCUCCUACGCUAACAUUGCCUGAGGAGACAAGUUGUAAUGAUAUUGAAAAAGUGUCAUGCCCUCCUACGUUAACAUUGCCUGAGGAGACAAGUUGUAAUGAUAUUGAAAAAGUGUCAUGCCCUCCUACGUUAACAUUGCCCGAGGAGACAAGUUGUAAUGAUAUUGAAAAAGUGGCAUGCCCUCCUAAGUUAACAUUGCCUGAGGAGACAAGUUGUAAUGAUAUUGAAAAAGUGUCAUGCCCUCCUACGGAACUUGGUGGUUGUGGUACAGGCCUGCUAGAUUUAAGAUGCAUUUCUCCCAUGACUUUGCUCAAAGAGAUGGAAGUAAAGGCAGAAGAAAUUGUUUGCAGCUAUGACAUUCCUGACACUUCGGAUAAAAGUUCAAGCUGCUCGCUGUGUUUUGACACCGACCUUAAUAGUAACCGAUAUAACCAGUUGCAGAAAGCAGCUGAGAGAGAAGAUCCAUCAGAUAAUUGCUUGUUCUGUCCCACAGUUUUGGACAUCAAUGGUAGUAACUUUGAGCACUUUCAGAAACACUGGGGAAAGGGCCAUCCUAUAGUGGUUCAAGAUGUGCUCCAGAGUACAUCAAACCUCAGUUGGAAUCCACUGUUCAUGUUCUGUACUUAUCUCGAGCAGAGCAUUACAAAGUACGAGAAUAAUAAAGAGUUACUUGAAUCCUGUUUGGAUUGGUGUGAGGUGGAAAUAAACAUUAGGCAGUAUUUUACUGGAUCUCUCAAAUGUCGUCCUCAGAGAAACACUUGGCAUGAGAUGCUGAAACUGAAGGGAUGGCUGUCUUCCCAAGUAUUCAAAGAGGAGUUUCCAGCCCAUUUUUCUGAAGUAAUUGAUGCUCUACCAGUUCAAGAAUACAUGAAUCCCACGUCUGGUCCUCUGAAUUUAGCUGCAAAGUUGCAACACGGGAGUGUGAAACAUGACAUUGGGCCAUAUGUCUAUAUUUCGUAUGGUUGUGCUGACAUAGAAGCUGAUUCUGUGACAAAACUCUGCUGCGACUCAUAUGAUGUGGUUAAUAUUAUGACACAUUCUGCGGAUGUCCCUCUCUCUACAGAACAGCUUACAAAAAUAAGAAAAUUGCUGAAAAAGCACAAAGCUCUGUGUCAAGUGGAGUCUGUUGAUACUGAGCAGUUACCUGAACAGGAAGUGAAAGGAAUGACAUUAUCACAUGCCGAAGAAAUGGAACAAAAAGGUUUGCCGAGUAUGGGGAAAGAAGGAAUGGAGUUUUUUAGGAGAGUCGAUAGAACGUCUUGCAUCUCCUCAACUGGAGCCAAAAAAGCUUCUACCCAGAGUAUAGACAACAAUAUUUCCCAGGAUGGAGAGCGCGGCAUCUUUUCUGAUUCUGAACCCUCUCUUGAUGGAACUGUUCAUACCACCAAUUUGUCAGAACACAAUAAUCCUAGAAGUCCCUCUGAAAGCUCCAACAGUUAUAAGAAAAAGUUUCCUGAGCAUUCAGGCGCUCAGUGGGAUGUCUUUCGUAGACAAGAUGUACCAAAACUCAUAGAAUAUAUUAAACGACACUGUGAUGAACUUACUUAUACCCAUGACUCUCACAAGAUGGUUCAUCCGAUUCUAGAUCAGAGCAUUUUUCUUGACAAUACUCACAAAAAGAGACUGAAGGAGGAGUUUAAGAUUGAACCAUGGACUUUCCAGCAACAUGUUGGAGAAGCUGUUAUCAUUCCUGCUGGAUGUCCAUACCAGAUAAGGAAUUCUAAGUGUGGUGUCCAUGCGGUAUUGGAAUUUGUGUCCCCUGAAAAUGUUACUGAGUGUAUCCAGUUGAUCGAUGAGCUCAGACAGUUACCUGAAGACCAUAAAGCAAAAGUAGACAAGCUGGAGGUGAAGAAAAUGGCGCUACACAGUAUGAGUACAGCAAUUAAAGAAAUACGCCAGCUUACAUGCCAAACAUAAUUGUACCAGCUAAAAUAGACUGAAGUUUGCAUGCCUCGACCUCCUUACCGUAUCUUUGAUUUUGUAUAAAGUAAUAAUGCUCAAACUCAUUAAGAUCUGGAACGGUCCUUGUUAAAUUGAUGAAUUUCGGUUUCUAUCAUUAUUUGUCCUCUACGACGUUUAUGCCUUCCCUGAAUAUGAAAUACAUUUAUUUGGUCUGUAUAUAUCUUUCUUCAGUUGUUUACUUGAAGAAAUGUUUGAUAA